AGCAAACUGUUUCGAAACACUUCCCGCAGGGUUUUGCAGGCCCAUUGUCUCUUUCUUCCGCCCUUUUUCGUUUGUUGCUUUAGAAAUAAAGUCACGAAAAAACGACCGACACGAUGAUCCGAUGAAGAGGGUUUCAGCCAAAAUUGUUAUGGUCACUCACGAGGAUCGAGCGAGUGAAAUUUUAAUUACGCGUUUCAAUGUAUUUGGUCAAUAUGCUGCGAAUGCGUAGGAAAAAGUCUGGAAAAUCUUUCCCCGUUAAAGUCUGUACCUUGGACGCUGAACUAGAGUUCAGUUUGGAGUGGAGAUCAACGGGAAGGGAUUUAUUCGAUUUAGUCUGCCGCACAAUAGGAUUAAGAGAAACAUGGUAUUUUGGACUCCAAUACGAAGAUGCCAAAGGAUUCAUAUCCUGGUUGAAGUUGGACAAGAAAGUGCAAGAUCAGUGCAUUUCCCAACAACCAACGACGCCUUUCAUGUUCUUGGCAAAGUUUUAUCCGGAAGAUGUCGCCGAAGAAUUAGUUCAAGAAGUAACUCAACAUUUAUUCUUCCUUCAAGUGAAACAGGCCAUCCUUUCUAUGGAUAUUUACUGUCCGCCCGAAGCGUCCGUAUUGCUAGCUUCUUACGCAGUCCAAGCGAAGUAUGGGGACUACGAUGAAGUUUCGUACCGGCCUGGAAUGCUAGCGAGCGAAGCAUUGUUGCCGCAAAGAGUUAUAGAUCAAUACCAAAUGACUUCCGAAAUGUGGGAGGAUAGGAUAAAGAUUUGGUACGCUGAUCACCGUGGGAUGUCCAGAGACGAAGCUGAGAUGGAGUAUCUUAAGAUUGCUCAGGACCUCGACAUGUACGGCGUCAAUUAUUUCCCCAUUAGCAACAAGAAAGAAACCGACCUUUGGCUCGGAGUCACCGCCCUCGGAUUAAAUAUCUACGAAAAGGAGAACAAACUGGCCCCGAAAACUACGUUCACCUGGUCUGAAAUACGACACAUCAGUUUCGAUGACAAGAAAUUCGUGAUCAAGCCUGUGGAGAAGACUUCGCCUAAUUUCGUGUUCUUCUCGCAGAAAGUUCGCAUGAACAAACUGAUCCUGGACCUGUGCAUCGGCAACCAUGAUCUUUUCAUGAGAAGACGCAAGCCUGACUCUAUGGAGGUCCAGCAAAUGAAGGCGCAGGCGAAAGAGGAGAAGUCCAGGAGACAAAUCGAAAGAAACAAGCUGGCCAGGGAGAAGCAACUCAGGGAGGCGGCCGAAAGGGAGAAAGCAGCUAUGGAGCAGCGACUUCUCCAAUAUCAAGAAGAGAUUCGUCUAGCGAACGAAGCCCUCAGACGGUCAGAGGAGACUGCUGACCUUCUGGCUGAGAAGAGUCGAGUAGCCGAAGAGGAGGCGAUGCUGUUGAGUCAGAAAGCUUCGGAGGCCGAGCAGGAGAUCACUCGUAUACGAUUGAACAAUAUGAAGACCGAAGAGGAGAAGGUUCAUCUCGAGCGGAAAACCAGAGAAGCGGAAUUAUUGACCGAAAGAUUGGUGCAAGAGUCCGAGAGAAGGGCGGCGGAAGCUGAGAAGCUGAAAGACGAAUUGUUACGAGCACGUAUCGCGGAGAAGGAAGCGAAAGAGAAAUUGCUCGAGUUCCUUAGCAGAAAUGCUUACACCGCGACGAUAGCUCCCGUGCCAAAUCUGUUCCCUUCGACGCAAGUGCUACCGUCGGAUCUGCAAGCGGACCUGCAGACUCUGCACCUGGACACCGAGCCCCUGCCGACCGAUUUGACUUCGUACGAUUUGAUCGCCGACGGGGACGUCGACCAGCUGUCGCUGGAAAUAGAAAAGGAGCGUGUCGACUAUUGGGAGAAGAGCAAACACUUGCAAGAACAGCUCAGAGAGCUACGCACCGAAAUAGAAGUGAUGAAGGUCGGCGAGAAACAGUGCGAACUGGAUCAAUUGCACGAAGAACAAGUGCGGCUAGGUGAGAACAAGUAUAGUACAUUGAAAAAAGUGAAGUCCGGAUCUACCAAGGCGAGGGUUGCAUUCUUCGAGGAGUUAUAGUUCCGUGGACUAUUUAGAAACUGAGACAUUCAGUGGACGCUGGAAGAAACAAUGUCUUGCGAUCGUAUUACGAGAUUCGUCCGUCGUGACGAUUGUGUAGAAUACUGAAACUUACGCAAAGAUUAAUAUUUUUGCUUCGUAAUGGUUUCAAUUUUCAUACUAACGUUUCUAAAUCUCAGCGUUCAACGAUAAUCACGCAAACUUUACUUUUUACUUGAUUUUACACGCCUGUUUUUAUUUUUAUCCAUCUCGUGUUGUUCACCGAAUCUAAUAACAACUCGAGACUUUUACACGAAGUACGCGAAAAUCAAAAUUAAGACUAGAAUCGCUAGGUAUUAAUGGUUACAUAGGAGGUAAGCGAUUAUUGAAAGUGUCGAUGUUGCGAUUCAUCGUAAGGUUUUAUCGAUCCGAAACUGUUUCGAAAUACAGAUGCAUAUUAGAGAAUUUUAUUUGUCGGUUGGACCUCGGUGUUUGCAUGUAUUUCUCAAUGCUUUUGUAGGUUUCGAAACAAACGAAUUACAAGGUUUCGUCAAUUAUAGGAAAUUAGUAAUGUAACGCAUGUCACAAAUGUCAAUACUCUCAAAUAUCCAGUGUGCCUACGACUAGAAUCUACUGAAAUGUUUGUCCAAGCCGCAGUCUAGUCAAACGACUCGAGGAAAUUCUGCAAGAGUAAAUAGUUUCGAUAGUUUCGAGAGUUUCAAAAUUUCGAAAGGUGUAAUCGAUUUCUCUACGGACUGCGAACAAAAAAAGAAAUUUCAUCUGAACGUAGAUUUGUUUUAAAAGUCUGAUAACGGUAAAUACUAUACGUAUUCGUGCAUUGGUAAGGCUUUGAACAAAAGGAAAUUAAACAAAUCUUAAGACAAUGGAUUUGUAAAUAAAAAUUCGACCAAUGCAUGAGUACGACGGGAUUGUUUUUUUUUUUAAGAAAUUUGUGUAUAGAUGUAAAGUGAUUUUUAUCGAUUUCUUAUGCCAUGAAACAUAACUAACACGCUACGAUAUAGUUCGAUUAGUGCGAUAGAAUCUUUACGCGUCGAUUGCGGCUUUCGCGAUGAUCUUCCCUAUCGAUUCGAUAGAGAACUCAGUGUUCGAGAUAUAUCGUUCUUAUAGGGCUUUCCAAGUAUGUUUAUUAGUUAGUUGCGAUAUAAUACGAAUAGGUAAAUAAAUAAAUGUUCCUAGGCAUUUUUAAAAUAUUAAAAUACUAUCUUUUUAUUGGAAGAAGUAAUCGAAUACAGUUAAAAGAUAUUUCUACGAAUACUCUGAAUAUUUGAAUAUUUUCUAUUUGAAAUUUAUUCGAUGUCGAGAGUGAAAAUAUUCCCCAUGUUUGGAAAGCCGUUUUUUUUGUAGAAAUUAAACGUCCGGUGGCUAUUGAAAAGUGUCAUAUAUUGUAACUAAAUUAACGUUAACAGUUACUCGAGCACUGAUCCCGUUCGAUCGUAUGGAAAAUAAAAAUUGUUAGUAUUUACAAAGUUGCUCUUUUAUUUUACGAAACAUUCUUUGUCUCAGAGAAUGUCUAACGUAUUAUAAUAUUCGGUAUCGAAUAUAUAUAUUAUGUUUUGUAAGGUUUCUGACCAAAAAUCUGGUGCGAGUGUUAUAACUGGACUUCCUGGCGCCGUUGUCUGUGAUUCGCGUACGCGAUUGUAUUAUUGGAUGCUAAUUGAAAAGUGCUUCGGCCAUAAUCAGUAUUUUCUGUAAUAUAGAGGAAUAGUACCUGUAAAUGUUUGCUCGUUCGAUUAAGGUACUUUGCCAAUCCGUACCGUAUGUUUUCUUUCCGUGAAUCGAGAUUGAUAUUGAAAGUUUCGUCAUAAUAUACAACACUAAAAAUAUACCAAUAUUUUUAUCCUACUGCCGACAGACUUUUCUUUGUACCCUAAACUAUUACGAAU